ACUCCGGGGGGAGGGGGGAGGGCCUCUCGGUCGGUGCCCCCACGCCAGCCGCGGCUUUUCAGGGUCUCCCUCCCGGCCCCUAGCAGCUCCACGCGGACUCCGGGAGGCUGCGGGCGGCGUCCUGGGGCGCCCCCACCGACCCGAUCGGACUUAAGAAGGUGAUUGCUCGGCUUUCCCAACCCCCUUCCCGCCCCGUUUCCCCCACUUAACUUUUUGUCUACGUUCGCCCGCGGCCCGGUCCCCUCCCCGCAAACCCACCCGCGGCUGUGCCAACCGCCUGGGGCAUGGGCCCCCCCACGCGGCUCCUGGAGGCCCCGCGGCCUCGCAAGAUGUGAGAGGCUCGCCCCGGGCAGAUCCAGAGCUUCGGGAGAGGAGCCGAGAGCCCCCAGCCUCCCCACGCCUGGCGGGGUGGCCGUGCGCGCUGCGCCCCCGCGGUGCCGAACGUCCCGUAGCGCCCAAUCCUGGGCUGGAACGCGUAGCUGGCCGGAGGCGCGCCACGGAGAGCAAGCUGUCAUGCCCUAUUGAUCCCCCCUUGCCCCCCGCCAAGUAUGUUUGGGCUGGACCAAUUCGAGCCCCAGAUCAACAGCAGGAACGCUGGCCAGGGCGAGAGGAACUUUAACGAGACCGGACUGAGCAUGAAUGCCCACUUUAAGGCUCCUGCUUUUCACACGGGGGGGCCCCCUGGCCCCGUGGACCCUGCCAUGAGCGCGCUGGGCGAGCCCCCGAUCUUGGGCAUGAACAUGGAGCCAUACGGUUUCCACGCGCGGGGCCACUCGGAGUUGCACGCAGGGGGGCUGCAGGCGCAGCCCGUGCACGGCUUCUUCGGCGGUCAGUUCGGCGGCCCAGACCCGGGGGCCUCGUGCCUGCACGGGGGUCGCCUGCUUGGCUACGGAGGCGCGGCCGGCGGCCUGGGCAGCCAGCCGCCCUUCGCAGAGGGCUAUGAGCACAUGGCGGAGAGCCAGGGGCCGGAGAGCUUCGGCCCGCAGCGACCUGGAAACCUCCCGGACUUCCACAGUUCAGGUGCCUCGGGCCACGCCGUGCCUGCCCCAUGCCUGCCGCUGGACCAGAGCCCUAACCGGGCCGCAUCUUUCCACGGCCUGCCCGCCUCCAGCGGCUCCGAUUCCCACAGUCUGGAGCCCCGGAGGGUGACGAACCAAGGAACCGUCGACUCCCUGGAAUACAAUUACGCGGGCGAGGCGCCCUCGGGACAUUUUGACAUGUUUUCGCCCUCCGACUCCGAGGGGCAGCUGCCUCAUUAUGCAGCGGGUCGUCAGGUUCCCGGGGGCGCUUUCCCGGCUGCCUCGGCCAUGCCCAGAGCCGCGGGCAUGGUGGGCUUGUCCAAAAUGCACGCCCAGCCACCGCAGCCGCCACCGCAGCAGCCACCGCAGCAGCCACAGCAGCAUGGCGUGUUCUUCGAGAGGUUUGGCGGGGCCCGGAAGAUGCCUGUGGGUCUGGAGCCCGGGGUAGGCUCUAGGCACCCGUUAAUGCAGCCUCCCCAGCAGGCCCCGCCACCCCCCCAGCAGCAGCCCCCGCAGCAACCGCAACAGCAGCCUCCGCCACCCGGGCUUCUGGUUCGACAAAAUUCCUGCCCGCCUGCUCUCCCGCGGCCCCAGCAGGGCGAGGCUGGCACGCCCAGCGGAGGCCUGCAGGACGGGGGUCCCAUGCUGCCCAGCCAGCACGCGCAGUUCGAGUAUCCCAUCCACCGGCUGGAGAACCGGAGCAUGCACCCUUAUUCCGAGCCUGUUUUCAACAUGCAGCAUCCCCCUCCGCAGCAGGCGCCCAACCAGCGGCUGCAGCAUUUCGACGCGCCCCCCUACAUGAACAUGGCCAAGAGGCCGCGCUUCGACUUCCCGGGCAGCGCAGGAGUGGACCGCUGUGCUUCGUGGAAUGGUAGCAUGCACAACGGCGCUCUGGACAACCACCUCUCGCCCUCCGCCUACCCGGGCCUCCCCGGCGAGUUCACUCCUCCUGUACCCGACAGCUUCCCCUCCGGGCCUCCCUUGCAGCACCCAGCCCCCCCGGACCACCAGUCCCUGCAGCAGCAGCAGCAACAGCAACACCAGCGCGCCUCGGCCAGCAAGCUGGGCGCGCUCUCGUUGGGCUCCUUCAAUAAACCCAGCUCCAAGGACAACCUGUUUGGCCAAAGCUGCCUGGCUGCGCUCUCCACGGCUUGCCAGAACAUGAUCGCCAGCCUCGGGGCCCCCAACCUCAACGUGACCUUCAACAAGAAGAACCCACCCGAGGGCAAGAGGAAACUGAGCCAGAACGAGGCCGACGGCACUGCCGUGGCCGGCAACCCGGGCUCGGAUUACUUCCCGGGGGGGACUGCUCCUGGGGCCCCAGGACCCGGAGGCCCAUCAGGGACCAGUAGCAGCGGCUCCAAAGCCUCGGGGCCGCCAAACCCUCCCAGCCAGGGGGACGGCACCAGCCUCUCUCCCAACUACACCCUAGAAUCAACGUCGGGGAACGACGGCAAGCCGGUCCCCGGGGGAGGUGGCCGGGGACGGGGUCGCAGAAAAAGGGACAGUGGUCACGUGAGUCCUGGGACCUUCUUCGACAAGUACUCAGCGGCUCCGGACAGCGGGGGCGCGCCUGGGGUGAGCCCAGGACAGCAGCAGGCUCCAGGCGCGGCCGUCGGGGGAAGCUCUGUGAGCGACACGCGCGGGGCGCCCACGCCCCACGAGAAGGCACUUACGUCGCCGUCGUGGGGGAAGGGGGCGGAGUUGCUUCUGGGGGACCAGCAGGACCUCAUGGCGUCCCUGGACGGUGGGGCCAAAUCGGAUGGUAGUUCACCGCACGUGGGUGAGUUCGCCUCGGACGAGGUGAGCACGAGCUAUGCCAACGAGGACGAGGUGUCGUCCAGUUCCGACAACCCCCCGGCCCUGGCCAAAGCCAGCAGGAGUCCCCUGGUGACCGGCUCGCCCAAACUCCCUACUCGAGGGGUGGGCGCCGGGGAACACGGACCCAAGGCGCCCCCGCCCCCACUCGGCCUGGGUAUCAUGUCUACCUCUUCCUCGACCCCCGACAGCUAUGGCGGGGGCGGGGGCACUGGCCAUCCGGGCACGCCGGGCCUGGAGCAGGUCCGGACCCCCACGAGCAGCAGCGGUGCGCCCCCACCCGACGAGAUCCACCCCCUGGAGAUCCUCCAGGCGCAGAUCCAGCUACAGAGGCAGCAGUUCAGCAUCUCCGAGGACCAGCCCCUGGGGCUUAAGGGUGGCAAGAAGGGCGAGUGUGCCGUCGGGGCCUCAGGUGGGCAGAAUGGAGACAGCGAGCUGGGCAGCUGCUGCUCCGAGGCCGUCAAGAGCGCCAUGAGCACCAUCGACCUGGACUCACUGAUGGCAGAGCACAGCGCCACCUGGUACAUGCCGGCUGAAAAGACCCUGGUGGACGGCGCGGACGAGGAUAAGACGCUGGCGCCCUGGGAGAAGGCCAAACCCCAGAACCCCAACAGCAAAGAAGCCCACGACGCCAUCAGCAAGGCCUCGGCCCAGCCCGGCAGCCACCUGCAGUGCCUGUCCGUCCACUGCACAGACGACGUGGGGGACGCCAAGGCCCGCGCCUCCGUGCCCACCUGGCGGUCCCUGCACUCGGACAUCUCCAACCGAUUCGGGACCUUCGUGGCCGCCCUCACUUGAGUCGCCGAGAGCCCCCUCCCCCCCAGGCCCUCCCCCCCCACCUGUCCCCACCCCGUUAGGAAAGGGCCACUGUGGCUGAGCGAUUGGGUUGUUUUUGGUCUAGGUUGGUGCCCGCUCAGUGGCUUAUGGACCCGAAAGGGUUGAUUUAAAGGGGCGGGGGAUUAAAAAACCUCAAAAGUUUUCUUUUUUUUUUUUUCCUUUUCUUUUUUUAAAGGAACUGCCGCCUGUGUUGCAGUGUGAACCCUGCCCAGUUAGCCCACUUCUGUCUCCGCCUUGGUUUUUCCUGUAGAGAGCUCCCCGUUUCUCUGUAACCCUGGCCGACCCUUUUAGAUGACCUCUUUUUUUUUUCCUUUAUUUUGUUCCCGAAGCUUCUGUGUCCAAGUAUUGUUAUUUCGUAAUAAGACAAGAGUUGCUUUCCUUUUUUUAAAAAAAUUCUCUUUUAUUUUCCUCCCUCCCCCCAUCUCCCCCCCCCUUUUGUUCACUGCUUAUUAAAAUGGAAAUCCUGGAGAAGAGUACUUUUGGAAUAUUGCCGGGUGAAGGAUUGUCAUCGCAAUAUUAUCUAUUGACACCCAACUGUCAUCAGCCAGACAGGAGCCAAACAAGUCAUACCCCUUAGGUAUUCCGCCUGCGAUUAUGUUUUGUCUGUUCCCUAAGAAAAUAGAGAGAUUUUCCUUCCGACAGACACUUCUGGACCCCGGGCUCGUCUUCAGUCUGGCUGUCCCGCUGGAAGCUGGCCCUCCCCGCCUGGAUCUGAGGGUGCGCCCAGCUGCCCUGGGAAGGAGGCCCGGCAGUGAGGUUUCUCUCUCCUUUUCUGGGCCUCUGCCUUAGGCCUGGGCUAAGCGGCCUCUGGUCUUCCCCCGGGGAUUCCAGGCCCAGGGACCUCAGGUGCCCGCGGGGAAGCCUUUGUUCUUUCCUGGGGACCUAGGGGACUGGGUGUGUCCCCUUCUCUGCUCCUGUUCGCCGCAGCCAGUCCUGGGAGGAUGGGGCCCCUUGCUUGGAGUCCCGUCCUUUCUCCAGGGCUCUGCCAGCUGCCAGCCUGAUCCGGGCCUUUUGUUCUUUAACCUUGGACUCCCUUCCCCCCCUUUUGAUUUGAUUUCUAAAACUAGAGCCAUGUCCCCGUGUCUCAGGAGGGAACUGCCUCUACUGGGGCAGACGCUGGCGGUCACUGGAGGCCCAUGUUGGCAGGGACAGACGGACACCUUGGGGUGCUGCUGGCCCUUGUGAAAAAAGCGUUUGGGACUCUGGGGGUGGGGGUCACACCGAUUCCAGGGUGGGUCAGACGAGAAGCGAGGUGACAUUGCUUCGUUCAGAUGGUGACGCUCACUUUUAUUUCAGUUUUUCGUUGGCGAGUGGGUUUUCCAAAUGCUCCCUCCCAGGCCCCUGCCUGUGGGGUCCCCAGAGUUUACAGAUGGAGUGUCCUUUAGUGGCCUGAGGCCGGGCUCCCGUACCACGCCCACAUUGUUUAUUUCCAAGAACUUUUCAGCCAAGGGAGAGAAGAGCCCAGGAAACCCUGUGUCCCCUGUCCCUCCUCCUGGUUCCCUGGCUGGCCCUUGUGGCUGGGGUCUGGGCCCUCUGACCUAGGCAGCCCUGGCCACAGGGGUGGACAGAAGCAGGUGGCGGGCGGAGGGAAGGCUUGUCCCCACCACGGGCUGCAGGACGAGCCAGGUGCUGGGCCACACCACCUCCGCGCCCCUGGGGUCCGCUGCGCAGCUGCUGGAGAGCUUCGGGUCGCGGUCCUAGACAGGAGCGGUUCUCCCUGGUGGCUGGAGGCCGGGGGACCCGACCCGUGUCCUGGACUUGGCCCCACCGGCCGCCCGCACGUGGCCAUCAGCCUGUGGUCCUUGCCAUUCUAGAAACUUCGGAAGCUUCCAACGUCCUCGCUCCCCACGGGCCCCAGAUCGGAUCAGCUUUUCGAACAGCCUUAAGCGAAAGGAUGUCAUUUCCUGUCCUUUGGUUUUCACGGGCAGAAUCAGAGCAAAUGACGAAAACACACGGGACUCCGCGCCUGCACCGGGCGCUCUGCGGGAGGGAGAGGGAGCUGUUCCUAUUGCACAUGUAAAAUAAGGAGACUCGACUCUGCUGUGUGUUAGGCAAUCCUGUCGUCUUUUUUGACUCUUAAAAAGAAAAAUUCAUUUCUGAGAUGCUUGGUUGGAAGACUGACAAUAGCUCAUGAAUUGAGUGUUAUUUUUUUCUUAAUGUAAAGUGCGGUCUUCCGUAUUCAUGCAGAUUGUAUAUACCUGUAUAUGUUUUCCUGAGCAGCUAAAUAACAAUAAAUAUGACGUUAAUGGUGA